GUUCCAGCUGGCCCACAUAUUCACAACCUUCUGCCGAGUCAUCCACACACACACACACACACACACUCCCCACUCUGAGACGACUGCUCCAGGUCUGCCUUUGAUCCUCAUCCUCUGCCCGAACAAAUCUGAGAUGUCGGACGCAGUGAAAGAUAAACCUGUAAACCCUGAAACCCCCCUCAGGUCGGACAGGACCCACGUCGUCCUCAGAAGCGCCUCGGAGAGCAGAGCCUUCACCGUCAGAGGAAACUGCACCGUCACACAGCUGAAACGGUGUCUGUCGGAGCGGCUGCGUGUCCCAGCAGAGCAGCUGGUGCUGCUCCUCUCCGGACGGGUCCUCAGGGAGGCAGAACUCAUGAGUCACCUUACAGAACAGAAAGGAUCGAUCAGCCUCUGCGUGAUCCGAAGGCCUGAACCUUCAUCGACUCGGACCUCCAGUGAUCCAGUUUCAGAACCUGAUGGGUCAGAGCUAAAAGCUGUUCCUGACCCAGAGCCCAACCAAACACCAACUCCCACCUCUCCACUCUGCUCAGCCGAGGGUUUGGACAGUCUCGGCUCGGAAAACAGCAGAUCCAGCUUUCUUACUGCCCUCUGGAGCCAAAUGGAGAGCGAGUUACCGAGUGACCCAGAACUGAUGCACCGUGUUCUGGCCAGCCCACUGGUGCAGAAUGCCCUCUGCACCUCCAGCCCUCCGCUAACAGGACAACGCUCUCCGUCGAAUCCUCAAAUUCAACAGCUCCUGACAACAAACCCUGAGGUGGAGGACAUGUUGAACAACCCAGAUGCCAUAGAGCAGCCGCUGGGACUCAUCAGGGAGCCUGAAAUGACAGAAGAGGUGAUACAAAAAGAAGACGGAGCUUUAGAAAACGUGCCCAUGGUGCAGGAUAACCCUGCAAACACUGCUCUGCAUGUCUUUCAGACAAAUGACGCAAAAAUGCAGCAACAGGAUAUUAAACAGACUCAGAAAACAAUGUUUCCAUUACUCACUACAUCAUGCGAGAGUCACCAGGGACCAGGAGGACGAACCAGCCCAACAUCACCUCCGUCCCCUGACUCCACAGAUUCCCUCAGAGAGCUGACUGCUUCUCCCAUUACCGGUUCUCUUAAUGCAGGUCUGCAGUCGCUCCUGCAGGAGAUCACAGCCAGUCCGGGUCUGACGGAGAUUCUGCUCUCUGGGCCGCACAUCAACUGUGUUCUGAACUGUCUCAGCCAGAACCCGGACUUUGCUGCACAGAUGCUGCUGAGCCAUCCCUUGCUCUCAGGAAAUGUUCAGCUGCAGGAGCAGAUGAGGCAGCACAUUCCUCUCUUUCUGAAGCAGAUGCAGAAUGGAGAGCUGCUGUCCAUGAUGCUGAACCCCAGAGCAAUGGAGGCUUUGCUACAGAUCCAACAGGGGCUGCAGACUCUGGCUGCAGAUACUCCCUUCCUCAUGCCAGUUGCGGGACCUGGAACCAGUGCUGGUUCUGCUCAGCACCCAUCUGAUCCCAGCCUGAACAACCAGACUGGCUGCCGUCCUCAGGACGCCCCACUGACAGAGCAGCAGCUGCAGGAGCAGUUUGUACAUCAGAUGCUAAAGGCACUGGCUAACACCAACGAUGGGGUCCGUCAUGAGGAAGAGGAGGAUUUCCAGGAGGAGCUGCAGCAGCUGAACUCGAUGGGCUUCAGGGACAGAAAGGCAAACCUUCAGGCCCUCAUCAGCUCAGGAGGAGACCUGUCCUCUGCUCUACACCUGCUCAGUCCUUAACAAUUAAUUAUCAGUUAUUAACAAGUGAAUUACAAAAAAAAAAAAAAAAAAAAAGCAGAUGUAAUUGUAAGCCAUAUUUAAACACAAAGUGUCAUCUAAUAUAGUGAUAAAUCACUGGUAGAAACAUGUAUCCACCAACACAACCGAGCAACAGUGCAGAUGUAGAUUAUAGGCGCUGACUAAACCAGAACUCACAGGAAAAAAAUAACAAAAAGUAUUUAACUGAAUUAUGGCAGGGAUCUACACCACAUAUUCAUAUUUUAGUAAACAAACCGAGUGUUUGAUAGGAACCAGAUGAAUUAUUUAGCAGAAAAAUAGGAGUUUGUAGUGGAGAAAAAAAAAAAAGUCUGCUUUGAUGCUUCGAUUCUACUCUACAUGCAGUAGAUUCAUAGCGUCUGCAUCAAUAUUUAAAAGCAGGUGAUUUAUUAUGAAUGUCUGGCACACGGUGAUGCCUCUUUGCUUUGCUGCCUCCUGGUCACCGUCUCUCGCCCAGGCAGAUGUCCUGUAAGUUCACACAUGCUUCACAGUCUUAACAGAUUAAACCUCAAACUCAACAAGUGGUGAUGCGUGUCCCGACACACCCAGGUUGUUCACAUGUGUUAAUCACAGACUGACUCAGGUGUGGCUAUCUAAACAUUCAGGUUCUUAACAAAUGUGCACAUGUCGACAUUUAGCUGUUCUUUAUUCAAAUAGAAACAAAGAUAUUUAAUUGCACUUAAUAAAAAUGAACAUGGUUUUCCCUCGUUAAGCAAAACACAAACUUGUUUUCUAACUGAGAAAAAAGUUAGGACACCGUAAUAGUCUUGCUUGUUUUAGCUGAAACAACUUCUGUGAGGUGCUUCUUUAGCUUCUUUACUCCACUUCUCACUUUGAGAGAUUUCCUCGAGCAUCUUGUGCUCUGCUCUCAGGGCCAACCUGUUUGGAUGGCCACUCCUGAACAUGUUACUGGUUCAUUUUAAUGUCCUGAACUUUCUGACUGUCUUCUACACACUGAAGUGGCUGAUUUCUAAUUAUUUUGAGACUUUAAAAAAAAAAUAAUAAUAAUCCCUUUGCAGACUCAAAAGCUGAUGAGUAAUGAUCUCUUGUGUGCACCUGAUGUGAUAACUGCCUAAAGUUUGAGCCAUUUAAAGCGGGAAGAUAUGCUGGGGGUACACCAGAACUUUAAUUUAUUUUAAAAUAUCUUCUCUUCUGUUUGUAUAGAUUUUUUUUUACAAAUAUAUUUAUUUCAGUGUUGUUAAAAUUGGCAUUUAAUGUCAAUAUAUUUAUUGAUAUUAAAUGUACACAUCCCUCCCAAACAAUAGUAAAUGUAACAUUCUAAAUAAAACAUGCUUUGAUGUAUUUAUUUUUCUUGUCCAACAAGGAAAAAAAUAACUUUGUUUACAAUAUAAUUCUUCUCAAAACGUUGUUACUGUGAGAUAUUUCAGUUUUUUUUGUCUUAAACACAUCAUCAAACAUUACCAGCUUUAUUCUUUCAUUCCCUUUGAUGAAAUUUUAAAGAACUGAAGUUGAAACAUACUUGUAUUUGUUGCAGUUCUGUUAGUCUUAUUUAACCAAUAUCAACUCAAGGGGUUGUUUCCAAAAUAACAUCCCUGUUUUAUUUCCAAAAAAAGAGAGCUGUAUUUUUGUUGUUUUACGGUUGAUUUUAAUGUUUUAAUCAGUCACUCAAAACCGAACAGGUAAAUGUAUUACGGUAGCUGUGUGACUUUGUUUACUUUUUCUCAAAAUACCUGCAGUAACUUUUGUUUCUGGCUUCCAAAAAGGCUCUGGAAAAUAUCUACUUUUGAUAAGUUGUGAUCUCUACAGAUUGGAAAACCUUCUAACUUUAAACACUAGAGGGCAGUUUUGUUUGCCUUUUUGUUAAGUUUUUUUUUUUUUGGUCUGGGAUUUAAACAGCACUGCAGGUUAAUUAAUAACUUCAUAUUUAUCUGCAAUGCUUGAUUUAGAAAUCAUUAACUUCACAGUUUAAAUGGUUAAAUAAACAUACAAAACGCAUUUUAAUGCCACCUUUAGAAGCAACCUUAUUUUGUUUAACAAUAAAAGUUGAUGUCUACCUAAAGUGUAUCCUAAAUGUGCAAGAGUCGCUCUGAGAUCUUCAGCUUCCUGACAAGCAUGACGCGUUCUCGACGCGUUCUCGACACACACGCCUGCGUGUGUGUGUGUUCUCCACUUGACAACCUGCCUGAGUUUCUCUAUGGCUGCCAGACGGAGGGGGUUUAAUCUCCAGCUGUGUGAGGGUGAGAGAUAUGGGAGUAGCUGAGGGGGUUUUCUGGAUUAGAAGCUCCAAAAAUAUUCAAGUUGAGGUUUGAAGAUGAGUCAUGGCACAGAAACAGCUCUUCAGUAUGGAGUGGAGCGCUCUCUCGCUCAGAGUGUGUCUUCUGAAGAUACCAGCAGACCUGACAAAUGAGGUUACAAAGUUUCGACUUGCUAGCGAGAAGACAGAAACUUGCCGUUCACCUGUGUGCUUUGAAUCUGCAGUCGUCUUUGGUCUUAUUAAAUGUGAGGAAUGCACCUUCAAAAUUUGGUUGCUGCUUUUUGAUGUUCAUCUUCAAAAAGAUGAACUUGCUGUUUAUUUCAAACGCUUUCCAGUGGAAAUUAGAACAAAUAUUUGAGAUUUAAUUCUCUUAACUUUCUGACAACAGAUUUGAAGUUUAAUUCGAUUAA